AUGACCCAUCCUUCUCUUUCUAGCUCACGGCUAAUUCCUGCUCAUAAAUCCACUUCUGGACGCUGUUUCUCGCGUCUUAAGCCAGCCUGCGCGGGUUGUCUUGGAGCCCCGCAAUAUCCAGACUACGAGGAGGAAGUCCUGGAAGAUGACCCCAACAUCACCACCAUAGGACAGACCUUCACGGUCAACUUGGGAGAGAACGUCGUGUUACCCUGCAAAGUCGACAAAAUCGGAUCUCUGGUGCUGAUGUGGAAGAAGCAGCAGACGGUCCUGACAGCCGGCCCCCUCAUGGUGACCCGCGACGCCCGGAUCAACGGCACGGACGGCGGGCAAGAGCUCCACAUCAAGACCGUUCGCCCCGCCGACGCCGGCGAAUACACGUGUCAGCUCAGUUCCUGGACCCCCAAGAACAUCACUCAUCGCCUCAUCAUCAACGUGCCACCUCGCGUGAAAGCGGACCGGAACGCGAUCGUGGCCAGGCAAGGAGAGUCCGUGACCCUCAAUUGCAUCGUCACCAGGGGUUUCCCGGAACCGGUCGUCACCUGGACCUUCGUCAAGAAGAGCGACGGAACGCCGACGGCGAAGUCCUGGACCGGGAGCUCCAUCACGCUCGAGAACGUGGACAGACACGAGGCCGGGAAGUAUCAAUGCCGGGCCGACAACGGACUCGGGGAUCCUGGCAUCGAUGACGUCCAGGUCGUCGUCAACUAUGCACCGGAGAUUCACGUGGAUCAAGAUUGGAUCCACUCUGGAGAGGGCAACGACGUGGAACUCACCUGUAACAUUCAAGGGGACCCCAAGCCUACCGUGGAAUGGCAGCGUCGCAUGGAAGACGGAAAGAGGUUUACGCUGGAUCCGUCCGUGACGAGGUACAAUGGGAACACCUACACCCUGGAUAUCAAGAACCUGAACCGUGGGGACUUCUCCGUCUACGUCUGCAAGGCCAGCAACGAGCUCGGGGAGACUGAGGAGAGCAUCGAAGUCUCGGGUGAGGACAGACGGGCAAAGACGAAGGAGUCUGGUUGGGAACGGGCGGGCAACAUCAUGGGAAAAGCUCCGAGGGUGGCCAAUCAGGCGGAAUUCAAGUCGGAGCCGAACGGAGAUCAGCCGAAUGCCUACCGACUCGUCUGGGAAGUGGAGAGCUACAGCCCCAUCGAAUCGUACGAGCUCGAGUACCGCAAACACAACGAGACGGAGAGCCUGCCGUGGUCGACGAUCACGAUACCGCCGGAUCAGUCGUCUUCUUAUCAGCACUCGAAGGCCUACACACUCGAGGGCCUGACGGAGGCCACCACCUACGAGGCCAAAGUUCGAGUCAAGAACCGGUUCGGAUGGAAUCGGGAAUCGGAAAUCUUCUCCUUCGCCACCCUCGGUGGUUACGUGGUGUCAGAUAUGGAAAGCAAGUCUGGCUCCCCGUCAUCUGUGAUAGACGUGAUCCGCCUCACUUCUCUCAUCUUGGUCUCCAGCCUCUCCAGUCUACUCCUCUCUUAAAAAUCCUUUUCCUCGAGUCUCCUAUUCAAGAUCUUCAUUCUCAAGGAAUGCCAUCGUGUCUAGUGGGGCGGAGUGAUAACGGAAAGAGAGCAGAAGAAAAAAAAAUUCCAGAAAAUAAGUUCCCAGUGUCGAGUUUAUUACCAGUGCAGCUGAGUCAUAGUCUUGGGGACCCAGUUCUAAUUUAUCGGGUGAUUUUCACCCAGACACAAACGCGAAUGAGUGGGAAGAAAUAUCGCCACAAGUCUACCAUGUACACAAGGAGAAAAAUAAACGCGAAUUCACUUCACUCCAGUCUGGGACUGUGAUUUGUCUUUUUUCGCUCAUGUGUAAAGGUUUGCAAAGAGUGUGAGUGUCCCGUGUGUGAUUUCUUCUCGUCUCAGGUGAUGCAAAAAAAAAAAUUGAAUCUUUGUGUGGCUUCGAGAGCAUCUUUAACGAUUCUCUAAGGCCUUUCCUCAUUCGGAUGGUAAUUUACAUGAACAUGUAUGCAUGUGCCUUUUCUCUCUUGGGACAUUGUACAUAAUUGGGUAUGAAACGUGUGUGCCUUGUUCACUUGGGUCACGAAUGUUCGUGUGUUUGGGGAAAGGGAGCAAGAGAGAGAGAAAGGGUGAAUGAAAGAGGUUUUUUUUUUUCCCCGAGAUUAUUCUAUCGCCAUGAUUAUUCAGAUUCACACGAGAUGCUACCCAGAAAGGAAUCAAAAUCCAAAAAAAUAUUUGUUCGGUUGUCCCUCGUAUUCGGUUUAUGCCACCAAUGGGAAUAAUGUUUCUCGUGAUUGUCCUUUCUCCUGUCUGCCAAGAACGGCAGAAAUCCUGUAUGCAUAACCAGCUUGUCCGUUUCCAUCUAUGCAGAUUUUCUUCAACGAAGUUUAAGUUCGAUGAUUGGAACAGAAUAAUAAAAUGAUUCUUCUCACAA